AUGCUAGAGACCGGGACGAGCGCUUCCUGCACCUGCAGCAGCAGCAGCAGUGACAGCAGUUCGAGCUCUUCAGACGCGGACGUGGACCCGUUGGGCGGCGGCAGCCGCAUCGCACGGCCGCCGAGGCGGCCGGGCUUGCAGCGCCUCGAGUUGCACGAGCUUCACGAAGUGCGCCAGAUGCAGGCGGUGGUGCGCCUUGCUGCCGAUGCGGCGGCUCGUGGCGAUGGCGCAGGCACCGCGCUGGACCCGCUAGGCCUCGCAGAGCCGGCGCCGAUGAACCAGGUGAGACGCAUCAACGCUGCGCGGGGCCUCUCAGGGCUGCACAGGCUCAGACAUAACUUGUUCCAGGCGUUUGUCAGCAGAGCGGGUAGUCAUAUCGUCAUCUCGGCCGGCGUCUAUACGCUCCUCAACUUCAACGCCACCCACAGAGGCAACCGCACUCGAGUCAACGGCGCCGCUGUGAACAAUGCCGCUGUGCUCGGCGUCCUGCUCGCCGACGCUCUCUGGGACGCGCUGAUCGACAGAAGGAACUGGGAUUUCAAGACUGGUGAAAAACUGUUCUUUCACGCGUACUGUAUGAGAGAGAUCCUCGGACGCCACUCGGCCCCCGAUCUGAAGCACGCUCUGCUGUCGCUGCAAUCCACGGCCCGCGCCGUUGCUGCUCCGGGUUGGCACCGGAGGGCGCUGGCGUUCGGCUACUACUUAGCUACUACUAGAGUUACUGCAUAUGCUACCGCUACCUUUGGUAGCAUAUACAGUAACUCUAGCUACUACCAUCUUUCGGCUAGUCAAGUAUUCUUCAUGCUUUUUGUCCUGCACCACUCGUGCCAGACUCUCGACUUGGACUACGACGAUGAUGGGCUGAGCCUGUCGGAGUCCAUUCGGCACACCGGAGAGUUCUGCAAUGGCUUUGGUUGCGCGUCGCAGCCGCAGAUCGACUGGGCCACUGCCUGUGAAGAGCCUUCUGAAGACAGACGCACUGGGCUUCAGUUCCACCUAUCACGGAUGCGUGGCGCGAAAGCUGUGCAUCAGCCGGGGUGCACGCAUCAUUUCAUUUGAUAGUAGCGAGGUGCUAAGGGAUACAAAAGAAACAGAACUAACAUUUGUUUUACGUUUCGAGUUGUCGCGCAUCCUAUUUUUCUUCAUCGAUACCUCGUGAAAUGCUUUCGUAGUUAUUGGCGCUUUUCAAGUUUGUACCGUGGAAGUAACUUCAACUAGGAUCUCAAAGUGCUCCUUGUCUGUCACGUUAUUUAGCUGCUUUGUUCUUGUGCGCCUGCUGUGUCGAACACGUACACUGCUACUUGAAUCCGGUGAACGCGCGCGACAUUGUUCUCUUUGAUUCUGGAUUUUCUAAUGAGCUAUUCUUGCCACUUUGGUUUUGCAUUGAUUCAGUUAUUUCCUGCCAGUUUCGCGAACCUCAGUGAUUUAGAAUGAUGACUUCAGUGGUGUUUUACUAUGGACGUAGUACUUGUGAGCUGCCGUUUCAUGUAUGUUGAACCAAGAUGCGACAUCCUCUUAUGCUUGCCCUAGGUGCUAGAGUUAUGCCUUCUUGAAUCACCUGUUAUGAAACUGCUUGAUAGCCUGUGGAACGGGCCGCAUGUAUCCGCAGUUAUUCCUGAAGGGUGUGUCGUUUAGUAUGUUGCCGUUCCCAGUCGUUUUAACUUCUUACAUUGCAAACAUUGUUUAAUGUCCAGACCACGACCUGGCCUGUGCGUGUGAUGUUCUAAAUUCUUAUUUUCAUUC